GAUUCAGCUGUUGAAAACGAAAACCACAGAUAGGUCUGUAACUUUUUUGAAACAUAUUUUAAAACUGUAUUGACGUUAUACUUUUGUUGCGUACCUCCUGGUAAUAUUGUAUUCAAUCAGUAUGGUUGUAAUUGCACACACAUAAUAUGCUUAUACGCGAGUGAAAAAAAUCAUUUUUGAUAGAAGAACUGCAAUUUUCCCCCGUUUCAUCAUUUUCCGGAUGAAGAUUAUAUCAGUGAAAAAAGCGACAAAUUAGCUCUGAAAUGGAUUCAAAACAUAAACUUGGAAGAAAAACGAAAUGAUGUUCAUUUUCCGCAUAGGUAAUUUAUAUUUUGAAAUCACCUAAGCAAAAUGAUGUUCUUUGAUAGAAAAUUUAUUUUUUAUGCAAUACUUGUAUUAUGUUCAAAAUCAAAGAAUGUGUUAUUGUUAUCCGGUGAAGAGUCACCAUACUUUGACGUCAGAGAGUUCACUCAUCAUUAUGGCAUACCAAAGUUGAAUAAAUUAGCAGUAAACAGAAAUACUGGAAUAGUGUACAUAGGCGCAGUAAAUCACUUGUACCAACUGUCACCCAACCUAACAUUGCAAAGUAAUAUCUCAACUAGACCCAUCUUGAAAUUCAAUUCAUCUGAUAAUGAAGCAAAGAAUAAUCCUAAACUUCAGAUGGAUAAUUAUAAUAAAAUCUUGGUAAUUGAUUAUCACCAUUCAAGAUUAAUAGUGUGUGGAAAUGUACAGGAAAACCCAUGCGUCAUAUAUUCAACUGAAAAUAGCAUAUCUCAAUUGAAUGGAAAUCAAAUAGUUGAAAAAGUGAAUGCUAUUGAUGCAGGUUCAUCUGUAGUUGCAGUUGUUAAUGAUGUUAAGAACGAAAACAAUCCAAAUUUUACUUUGGGUGUAGUAACAUCACGGGAUUAUUUAGCUGGCAUACCUAUAAAUAUACCUAUAUACAUCCAUGUUUUGAGAAAAGUUCCAUCUAAUGACAAGGUGUAUUAUUGGGAAAGAACCGCUAUUCAUACAACAGCUCCCAGCGAUGUGCGUGAAGAAAGGUACAAUAUAACUUAUGUCUAUGGAUUUUAUUUUAAAAACCGCAGCUGGUUUUUGAAGACUGAGGAAAGUUUCACUAGCCAAAAAUCACCUUAUAUUUCGAAAUUAGUGCAGAUUCCUCAUGGGGACUAUGAUUAUCAGCGCAUUGCGCCAACCCAACUUCCUAUCAAGUGCAUUGCUGGAAGGAAACAUUAUGAUUUGGUGCAAGCAGCACAUGUUGGAAAACCUGGUUCACUAUUAGCAAAAUCAUUGAAUAUUGCUCCCAAUGAUGAUGUGAUAUUUGCAAUAUUUUCUGAAAGUCAAGACCUGCACGGUUAUUCCAAUAAACCUGGGAACCUCAGUGCCUUGUGCAUAUAUUCACUUGAAAGAAUAUGCAAAAACAUUACACGUAAAGGAUGUCAUCCUCAGGGUCCAGGACCUUUGAAAAAUGAGAUUGACUUCAAUGAAAGAUGUUCUGUAAGUGCUUCUCCUACAAUGACAUUUGAUAUACUUUUAACAGCAAUCAACGCUAAAGCCAACGGAAACAACACUGACUUAUUCAUUGGUACAAAUACUGGUCAUGUAAAAAGAAUUAUUGUGAAAAAUUCCACCUUUGCAUAUGAAGACGAUGACAUUGAAAUUGAUGAAGGAUCUCCUGUCAAUUCCAACCUAUUAUUUUCCCCAAAUAAAGACCAUUUGUAUGUUAUGACUCAGUACAGAGUUACUAAAAUCAAUGUAAAACAGUUCAACUGUUCCUUGUACACAACUUAUGAUCAUUGUGUGAUGUUGAAAGGAGGUACUCAAUGCUGUGGAUGGUGUGGAUUCCUCAAUAAAUGCACCAUUAAAUACAAGUGUGAUUCUCCGAACUAUUCUUCAUGGAUUGAGCAUGAUUUUCGAAAAACUGGAUUAAUUUUGAAAUGUAAUCUUCCGAAAUUGCAGUUGAGUAAGUCUGAAGAUUUACAAUUAUAUCUUGAAGACAAAUUUCUUAAGCAUAUCAAUGAUACAUUUUACUGCAACUAUAGUAUUGAGAACAACACUUGGAUAACAACAGCUAUUAUUCAUUGGCACCGAAGAAAUCGGCACCAGAAAGAUUAUAAUAUCAACUGCCCCACACCAGAAGUCAAGAAUUUUACAUCAUUACAACUCAGACAACAUAUUUUCAAUGUUACUCUGUCAAUCAGCACAAAUCAUAUUAGAGAUAUUGUCACCAAGACAUACUCUUUAUCCUAUUGUAACCAAAUCGACUCUUGUAGGAGUUGUGUUUCAGCACCAAUUGCUUGUCACUGGUGCUCUGAAAAUAACCAAUGUGUAUAUAGUGUACUUAAUGAAUGCCCAAGCAAUAAACUUGUCACCAGUGAAUCAACUAAAGGAGGAAACUUGAAGUAUUGUUAUAAAUACAAAAAAAACAAUGAAUCAGAAAGUAGGACAGCAGAGAGUUGUCAAGUUUAUGUCGUUUAUGAUGCAUGUGUGUUAUCAUUUAGCCACUCCAACUGUGGCUGGUGCUCAUCAUCUCACACAUGCACUAUACAAACUAGGUGCCCAAUUCAAAAUAAUUCAGUAUGGAUUGAAACAGAUUUUAGAAAAACAAUUUCGUUCAAAACAAUUAAUUCAGAAUACAUACAAAGUGGAUACCUAGGAAAAAUUGAACUUCAAUUGAUUGCUGGAAAUUCUAGAAUUUUUGUUGCUUACCCUAACCUUCAAUGUGUGAUUACAGUUUCAAAUCCAAAAUUUGAGCUGAUUGUGGAAGCCUAUAUGGCAAAUGGAACAGUCAACUGCAUCCUAUCAAAAUCAUUACAAUCACCUACAAUACCAAAGGGUAUCCAUGCUUUAGUUGCAAAAUUAUCACUUCAGACAAGCAACCUGGACGUACAAAAUAUUUGGAACACAAACAUUACAGUUUUUGAUUGUCAGGCAUACUCUUCAAGUGGAAAGUGUAUUUUUUCUACUUUCCCAUGUUACUGGUGUUCAAAUACACACAAAUGUAUUUACAAUGCUGAGAAAAACGCAAAAUGUCCAAAUGCUCCAUUUUCAGAGAUCAUCGUAUUUUGGCCUCUGAGAGGACCACAAGAAGGUGGAACUAAUAUCAACAUUCUAGGUCAAAACUUAAGUGACCCAUUUAAUAACUCUCAGCAUGGCAUUAGAGUUGCUGGGAAAUCAUGUAUACCACAAAGAAACAACUGUAUAGCCAUGAAAAAAAUUGUAUGCACUAUUGAGCAGUCAAGUUCACUUCAAGUACAAGGAGGUCCCGUUGAAAUACAGGUGAAUGGACAAACCUUGGUAACAUCUCAACAAAACUUCACUUUUGCCAAUCCAGAAAUUAAAAGCAUUCAUCCUGUUAAAGGCCCCGCAUAUGGUGGCACCAUACUAACAAUUACAGGCAAAAACCUUGAUGUUGGAAGUUCAAUCAGAGUUCAUAUUGGAGAAAUUUUGUGUUCAAUAUUUUCAAUCAGUCCAUCUGAAAUGAAAUGUAUCACUGAGGGCGACAGUCUAUCUCCCACAUCAUCAAGUAAUAGUACAGAGAAACAUCCAAAUAUUAAAAUAUCUGAUGUUUUUAUAUCAUAUGACAACACUUCCCUAAAGAGUGGUUCUUUUGAGUACUUUAAAGACAAUCAACGUGAUGAUAAGGGUUUUAAUUUGGUACCAAAAGGUAUUCCUUCUGGCGGUGUUGAAAUUUUAAUACACAAUGUAAACCUGACCAGGACACAAGCAUUGUUGUUUGUUAUACACCAUGAUGAUAAAACUUUUCACAGCCCCUGUAAAAUUCAAAAUGAUUCCAUAACAACCUUAUCAUGUACAUCACCUCCCAUAUCAAAUGUAAAAAAUGAAUUACUAGACCCACAAAAUCCCAGAAAAAUGGAAUUUUUACUAACAAACAAUUUGUCAAGCAACCCACUGAUUGAUAUUAUACAUGACAAUAUCUCAGAAUUUCUCUUGUAUCCAGACCCAGAGUUUCAUCAUUUUUUAAAUUCCUCUAUCAAAAUUGACAAAAACAAUUAUUUAAUCAUUCAAGGAAAGAAUAUAAAUAAGGCUUGUCAAAAAACUGAUAUUACUGUAAUAGUAGGAAGUAACACUUGUAAAGUGCUCUCAUUAUCUUUGGAACAAGUCAUUUGUGUUCUACCACAAUCAGAGCAAAAUAGUUUUGCUGAUGAGACUGAAGAAGAAGAUCUGUUGUCAAAGUAUCAUAACAUCACCAUAUUGAUUGGAGAGAACUUUAAAAGAAUAGUCCCAAAGUAUACAGAUUCCAAGGGUAAUGAGAAGGAUUUAGUGCCUGUGGUGGCCAUAGCUUUCACUGGAGUUGUCUUAUCCAUCAUUGUGUAUCAUUUUAUUUAUCGCAAAAAAAUACUGGCAAAAAGCUUACAAAAAUUGAAGAAAAUGCAACGACAAAUGAAUCAACUUGAAUUAUGUGUUGCUGCUGAAUGCAAAGAAGCCUUCACAGAAUUACAAACCCAGAUAACUACUUUUACCUCAGACAAUUCAUGCAAUAGUUUACCAUUCCACAACUAUUGCAAAUACACAUUGAAAUUUCUGUUUCCGAACCUUAAUGACCACUCCAUUAUUCUCAGUGGAAAAACAAUACUGAUCCAUAAAGAAAAAGGAUUACAGCUGUUUGAUGAAUUGAUCAUGAAUAAAAACUUUUUAAUGUCAUUUGUCAGAACUUUAGAAAGUGAUAAAAAUUUCUCAAUGAACGAUCGAGUCUAUGUGGCAUCUAUGAUAAUGAUAACUUUGCAAAAAGACAUGAGCUAUUGCACAGAUAUCCUCAAAAUACUGAUGUCUGAUUUGAUAGAAAGAAAUACACGGAGUAAUUGUCAUCCUAAACUUUUAUUUAGAAGAACUGAGAGUGUAGCUGAGAAAAUGCUCUCUGCUUGGUUUUCUUUCCUGCUACAUAAAUUUCUCAGAGAAACUGCUGGAUAUCCAUUAAUAAACUUGUUCAGUGCCAUUAAACAGCAAAUCAAUAAAGGGCCAGUAGAUAUGAUAACAUCAGAAUCUCGUUAUUGUCUAAGUGAGACUAAAAUGAUUCGCCAAAAAAUUGAUUACCAUUCUUUGACCAUUUUUGUGAAUGUUUCUCAGCAAGCAGCUUCCAUGAUCAAAUUGCAAUCAGUUGAGCAUAAAUUUCAGGUCAGAGUGUUGGAUUGUGACACAAUAUCACAAGUGAAAGAAAAAAUCAUGGAUGUCAUUUCUCCCUCACUUAGUUACAGCCAACAACCCAACCUGUCUGAAAUAUGUUUAGAGUGGUUGACUGACAAACCAGAUACAAUGAUACUGUUUGAUGAUGAUUUUACUUCAAAAGUUACAGGCAAUUGGAGACAAAAGAACACACUUCUUCAUUAUGGUAUCCUAGAUGGUGCUGCAUUCCAUUUAAUAUCUGUAAAUGAAGCAAACCAUCGAACUUCACAUGUGACAAGCUAUCUUUCCAAUGAGCAUGUCAGUAAAUUAUCCUCAAUACUUCAUGUUGCAUCAAGAAAAAGUGCAGUAGAUUCUACAUCAGCACAAAGCAAUGAAGCUUGCUUGAAAGAAUGGCAUUUAGUUGAACCUUUCAAUCUAAAUGAUGAUCCAGAGAUGGCAAAUAAUCAAAUAGUUCCUGAAAUUUACUUAACGAGGUUAUUAGCAAUGAAAAGCAGUUUACAAAAGUUUGUCAAUGAUUUGUUUAAGGCUAUAUUCAAAAUCACGCAUCAGAACAACUGUUUCCCAGUGGCUAUCAAAUACAUGUUUGAUUUCUUGGAUGAUCAAGCACUACAACAUGGUAUAACCGAUCCAGAGGUUAUGCAUGUUUGGAAAAACAACUGCCUACCUUUACGAUUCUGGGUGAAUUUGAUUAAAAACCCAGACUUCCUGUUUGAUAUUCACAAAUCAAACCCUAUUGAUUCGUGUCUCAGCGUUAUUGCACAACUUUUAAUGGAUUCAUGUUCAACAGCUGAACUUCAUUUGAGCAAAGAUUCAGCCACCUCUAAACUGCUUUAUGCCAAAGAGAUACCAUUUUAUAGACGAUGGGUAGAAAAAUAUUAUGCAGAUAUUAAGAAAAUGCCAAAAAUAUCACCUCAGGAUAUGAGCGCAAUGUUGAGAGUGGAGUCACAGACACAUGCUGUAGGUUUUGAUGUGAAUGUGUCCACUUAUGAAUUAUAUAAGUAUGCAGAUAAGUACAAAGAGAAAUUAAUUACAGCGUUGAAAGAUGAUCAACUUGUACAGGAAGAUUCGUUGGCGUUAAAGUUUCAGAGAGUGCUAGAAACUAUGUCAGUCUCGUGGAAUUCUUGAUAUAGUAGCUUACCUAUCUAACUAUUUAUGGGUGGAAGUCGCGAAAGGGUGCAUUACUAAAACAGAUUUGAUGUGAUCAUUUAUUUUUAUGCUAUUAUAUUUUCUUGAAAUAAGUUUUAUAUAUUUUAUUUUUCUAAGUAAGUAUGUACCUACCAAUGGAAAUUUGCGUAAUUGUUUGAAAAUUUGAGGUAUUGUUUAUCUUUAAAUGGGUAGGUAGGUAAGGUACAUAAAAAAGAUCAUAAUUCAUAAUCCUAUUAUAAAUGUGCUUUAAUUUGUUAAUUUUUUUAAAAUUAUUGUUUUAGAAAAUAACGUAUAAUUUUUCUCAGUACCUAGUCUAUUUAUCAUUAUCAUUAAAACAAAAAAAAAAAAAAAAAAAAAUGAAA